AUGGAGGAACUGGGAUCGCCCACCGCGGAGAUCGACCCGGACCGCCCCAACAUCGAGGAUUACCUGCCGCGGGAGUCCAUCCAGGAGCCCAACGGGAAGCUCCACCUGUGCGUCGCCUGGGUUCAUCCCUCCCAUCUCCCGAAUUCUUCUUUUGAUUCUUCCUGAUGUGUUCACAAUUGGGUCCUGUUCGUUUUCCGAUGAAACCGCGGUUGGGCCGACAGGCGCGAUUUGCUCGACAUCUCUCCCGCGUUGACCGAAGCUGCCGGUGCCAUUAUCGACGUGAGUUGCCGUCCCUGCCCCCAAGUCUCGUGCCCUUUUUGAUUUUCCCCCCGUUGACGUCAAGUGGAAUGCUGAUGUUAGAGGAUGAUGAAGUUCAGUCAAGUGCUGCUCACUAUUCGGAAUCUCUUUUGACAGUGUGACAUGUAUUUGUGAGUUAUUUGAUUUGAUUUUAUGAUUGGGUGCCAUGCAGGCUGAUGGGCAGUCCCCUGAACGCGGAGUAGUUAGUCAGGCAUCUAUAGCAUGAGAGUCGAAAAUAUUUUCCUAUUCGUGGGAUGGAAAUUUCUCAAGGGGCACUUUCGGUGAAGAAUGCUAUGCUUAUGUGGAUAGCCUUGAUUUUCGUGGGCUUUUCUUUGAGGGGAAACACUAGAUUCGUAGACUCUUUUACCAAAGCACUCGUCAAAGGUUUGUCUUUGUGAUCCUUUGAUCCUCUGUUGUGUUUCAGAGUUUUUAGGUUAGCCAGCGAUUUGGCAUCUUCUGAAAAUUCUUCGUGAGAUGAAAUUUGGGGGAAAUGUGUCAGCGAAUGAUAUUAUAUCAACUGGUUCAGAAAUAAAAUCCAUGAAACGAUCCAGCUUGCAAUGUGAGAAAAAAAUUGACAAUUUUGACUGGGUCUUACUUUUCUGCUUGUCAAAGGGUAUGAGUUAUCAAUUGGAGAGGCAGUCUCUGGAUCAUCAUGUAGCCUUAUGCAUGUAUCCAAUAGAUUAAAUGACAAAGAUUGCAUUUAAAUCCCGUUAUCUAGAUAUUAGCCAUAUUUUUUGGGAAGUUUUUUUCCCUUGGAAGGAGACGUGCAAAGUUAUAAAUGAGGUAGCAAAAGUUUCCCAAGAAGGCUGGAGUAUCAUAAUAUUUUCCUGGUCCUACUUUCUUUUUGUUGCUUAUAGGAUACUUUUCAUCAGUUACAUGCUGAAGUUUCCUAAUGAUUUCUCAGAUGGGCAGAUCUUUGGAACCUAUCUCAUCUUUGAAAUACCUUUGUUUUUUGUAAUUAUUAUGCAUUGCUCCUAGUGUUAUUCUCCGUAUUCCAGGCAGCUGGACAUUGCCUAGUCUUUGAGAUUGUGAUCAGUUUUACCUUUCUGCCUCUCAUGCUUGACCUUUUUUUCAUAUCAAUAGGAUUCGUUCACUCGAUGCUUCAAGUCGAAUCCCCCAGAGCCUUGGAACUGGAACGUGUACUUAUUUCCGUUAUGGUGUUUGGGCGUUGUUGUAAGAUAUGGUAUUCUCUUCCCUGUCAGGUGAAAUAACUUUCUUCUGUUAUGUGAUUGUAAUUUUCUUUUUGUUAACUUGCAUUUACUAUUGUGUAUAUUUUCCACAAGGUUAGAGCCCCAUAUUGAGUCAUAUCGUCUCUUCAAGUUUCACUCAUGCCUGCCUGUCCAGAUUAGUGCAUUUUACUCUAAUUUUCCUUUUCUGACGUUCUAAAGUGCUCAAUCAAAAGUAUUUAAGACAUGUUUACGUAGUGCUUAGCAGCUUGUUGCACUGGCACUUGUUCAUAUUGUUCAUAUUUCUAGUCGUGGAUGGGAGAGGGGACCUAAUGAAUAAGGACGGAAAUAUAACCGCUGUCUUUUGACCAUUGAAAAUCAAUUUUCUCGAUUAAAAAGUUUUGUUUUAGAUAAAAAUUUAUCAAAAUCCGGUACAUGCCUAUUUUAUUAUUGUAACAGAUGGACUGUCUUGAACUUGGUUCUUGAACACCCCCUACGAUUUAGAAAGUGAACUUCCGUUUCAUCAGCUGAAAGGCCAUGGCUGAAAUCUGAAUCAGAUGUGCAGGAUUUGCAUCUUUGCUCCAUACUACUCAUUGUUGUUCCACAAUGUCUUAUCACUAUCUGGGGAUUGGUUGGUUACCUACGUUUUAUGAUUUUCUAGUAAUCUCCAAUGUUGGCAAUUUUUCCUCUCUUCAUUAAUUGUGCUAGAGGCAUUUCUUCAACCAACUAGAUACUGUGUCAUGGCUACAUCAUCAACUCUCCUCAUAAAGGACGUAAAUAUAUCAUUUUUGAUUACUUAGAGUAUGCCAACUUGAUGUGGCAAGUUGCUGUUAUUACGGGGGUUGUUGGAAUUUUAUGGGGCUCAUAUAUAUAUAUAUAUCCCUCCUUUUCUGUACUGAAUAAUGGAUUUUGAUUUGUACUUAAAAAUCAAAUCUCCUUAAUAGAGUGAUGUCUGUAUGGAGGCUCGAACGGGCACCUGUUCUGCUAUCUUUGUUUAGAGAUGUAUUAUGUAUACAUUUGUCAUUCACAUUCUACUUUUGGGAGGAUCUUUUGUGGCAUGUCUUGGUUCAAAUUACUUCAUCAGUGUCUUAGUUUCCGUUUAUAAAAUUAUUUCUCUCAAUUGUCUAGGGUUGCAAUCCUUGCAGUAGGAUGGAUAGCAUUUUUCUCCGCUUUUCUUCCAGUGCAUUUCUUAAUGAGUGGGGAUAACAAGUUCAAAAGAAAAAUUGAGGUAAGCCAUUUAAACAUUUUAAUUCUGCCAUUUUCAAACUUGUUCCAUUGAAAACAUUCAAAUCUUUUUUUUCAAUUCUUUUGUCUGAAAUAAUGAGGAUUCUUACCUGUCACUUGUUAACUCAUAGAUUACGAAGACAGUUAUUGAACACUGGGCACUAUCAUUUGUCUGAAUUUUCAUCGGUUUUUUUGUUUGGCGAAAUUUAUGUUUACAAUCCAAUUUCUUUUUAAUCCCUUGGCGAAAACUAAAUUUAAAAUCCCGGAAAAACUUUUUUCCCCUGCUCCUUGACUUUGUCAUUAUUUAACCCCACACAUUCUCAAUUAGAUGUGUUGUAAUUUCAUUCUAAUUCUUUUGAUUUUUAUGUGUCUUUUAAAUGUAAAAAGCUCCGUGGUUCAUCUCCUCACCUCUUGGUCUAACUUCUUCAGUCCUUUUGAAUUGUUUAUCAAAAAAAUUCCAAUGCUAAUCACCCUACUGAUACAGUGGAGAUCAUCCAGAAAAAUUUCAGAAUUUUUCGCACGAUUACAGAAUCUAUUUUCUAAGGUUUUAUCUUCUUCAGAGGAAAUUGGUGGAGAUGAUGUGCAGUGUAUUUGUCGCUUCAUGGACUGGUGUAGUCAAAUAUCAUGGGCCUCGCCCUAGCAUGCGCCCACAGCAGGUUCAGAAAAUGUCCAUCCCCUUCAUUUUUCCAACGGUUUUGUACUUGAUUCGUAUACUAAUACAAAUUUCAAUAGUAAUUAUUAGUUUUUUUCAUUUUUGUAGGUUUUUGUUGCCAACCACACUUCUAUGAUUGAUUUCAUUAUUCUGGAGCAGAUGACUGCAUUUGCUGUCAUAAUGCAAAAGCAUCCUGGAUGGGUUGGUAGGGUUUUAUCUCUAAAUUGUUUACACGAAAGUUUUCGUUGCAUUUGAUUCUAUAUUCUUCACAAUCAGUGUUAGUGACUGUACUUGUGGUGUAGGGUUCAUUCAGAAGACUAUCCUGGAAAGUGUAGGGUGUAUAUGGUUUAACCGGACAGAAGCAAAAGAUCGUGAGAUUGUAACAAGAAAGUAGGUUCAGUUUCUCUGUUAAAAACUGCAAGCAAACUUCUCUAUAUCUAAUUUUUUUUUUAAUCCUUUUCCUUUUAAGGAUAAGAGGACACGUCCAUGGAGCUGAUAACAACCCUCUUCUUAUAUUUCCAGAAGGAACCUGUGUAAACAACCAUUAUACAGUCAUGUUCAAGAAGGUAUACAUGCUCUUUAUUUCAAAUUCGUUAUUCGUCUGUUGACGGGCCAUUUUUGUGUCGGAGACAUUUGUCAGCAUAAACUGUUCAACGAUGGAACAGUUUCCUCUUCAGGCAGCAUAAGAUGAAGGAGAAAGAUUGUUAUUAUUUACAGUGAGAUGACAUUUGAUGCCUGCUAUUUUAUAUCAUGUUAUCCCUGGUCUUUGGGCUACCAAUGGGGAACAAACUAUGACAAUUUAGUGCCCAUCUGUCAUUGUUUUUGUUUUGUAUGAUGAGGCAAAUAGGAAUUUGGCCUGGUGGGAUUGAGGUGGCUGGGAAAUUUAUCACAUAAGGCCAUCCUCUUUUGUUUGAUUGCAAACGUGAAUGCUUAGAACCUUUGGAUACUUCAGUUUGUACCAUUACACAGGCCCAAUCACGCCCAGAAUUUUUUUAAAGUCUUUUUUGCCCAAAAGUUAAAGGCUUUGACUACUCAAUAUUGAUAAUUCGUAAUAUAGGAGAUUCACACUGUUUCUAACGUCUGUGAUGUUCUUCUGCUGGAGGAACAAAGGAGGGGAAAGAACUGAAAUAAGCCUUCUUGUUCUCCAAAUAAUUUUAAAUAGCAAACCGUAGACCUUAGUCUUCUGACGCUUUUAAGAUUUGGCGGUCCUAGUGCAGAUAUCUGGUAUUUUUCUUUCUUUCUGAGAGGUGUGUAAGUGUCUAGUUGCAACAAUGGUUCCUUACUGAUGCAACUGGUGCAAAUUAUGAAGAAAAUAUAGUAGAUUCAUCACAUUUUGGAGUUUUUGGGUGAAUAAACUUUUAUUUUUUCGUGCAAUAUAUAGGAAUAACUAUUGAUAUCCACUUCUUCUUGUGCUUGUGCCCGGAGUCUAGGCAAAUUAUUCAUUCCUUAGACCUUGAAUAGCAUGUAUAGUAGAGGUGCUGCCCUUUUUAAAAAAAAAACAUUUUUUUUCCAUUUUCUAUUAGCUGACUGUUAUCUUAAUUCUCAGGGUGCCUUCGAACUUGGCUGCGCUGUUUGCCCGGUGGCAAUCAAAUACAACAAAAUUUUCGUGGACGCCUUUUGGAACAGUCGGAAGUAAGAAACCUUCAUGGCAGAUUCGCUCCUUUCUCUUGAGCUGAAAGACUUCCAAUUGUCCUAUGUCAGUGGUAUCUGGAGUGGGGUUUCACCUUGUAGCUUGCCUACGAACUAGCCAGCCUUCUUCUGACACCAGCUUUGACAGCACCUUCGUCAAAUGUUUUCUCGUAGAUACUGAAAGCUUUACGCAGGAGUGCCCCUUCUUUUCAAAUGAAACCACUGUACUUGUUAUCCCCAUUUCUUCUGAGAAAUAUUUCUGGCUGAAGGGCUUCACCCAUAUCCCCUGUGGUGUACCUCCUCUACAUUUUUGCUGCAAUUUUUGGGAGAUCCCUUUCAAAGUCAUUCCCCGUGUCUUCUUCUCUCAUCUUUCUUACUUCAUGAAAGUAUUUUCAUUCCUGCCUAUAAACUUCAAAUAUCAAUUGCUAUUCUUAGUUCUUAUGUUCUUUUCUGUUCAUCUCCUCAUGGCGGUAUUUAUCACUUCUCAUGCUAUUUCGUUUCAUAUUAUGUGGCCUGGGUUAGCUGCUUCUGCUGGAACCUGAUCAGGCUGUUGUAAACUGACAGGCAGUCCUUCACCAUGCAUUUAGCACAGCUUAUGACGUCCUGGGCAGUCGUCUGUGAUGUCUGGUACCUCGAACCUCAGUUUCUUAGACCUGGGGAGUCGCCUAUAGAAUUUGCCGAGAGGUAAAAUAGUUUAUUUCACAACAACCCAUGCUGUCCAAGCUAGGAGAGCUCAAUCGAAUAGAUGAAAGCGUUGGAUUUAUGUAUGGCGAUCGUGGGUUUUCCUGCAGAGUGCGGGAGAUAAUUUCUGUUCGAGCUGGACUCAAGAUGGUGCCUUGGGAUGGGUAUCUGAAGUACUCACGCCCUAGCCCAAAGCAUACGGAAAGAAAGUAAGGAGCUUUCCACUGCCCCAUCUGUUAGUUGCUAUGUAUUCUCCUUUACGUGUGUCUUUCCUUUCCUGAUCUCUCUUUUUGCUGCGUGGUUUGGAAUUUGAUCCUUCCUGGUGAUGAACUAAAUGAUAAUCUCCAUAUUCCGAUCCUGAACUGCUGUUAAACCGCUGAUGCUUGAUGUUUGAAACCUCUAGAUUUUCUCAUACUUUGAACGGAAUUAUAGUUUCAGUUUGCCUUGAAAUCUAAAUGAAUAAGUGGUUGUCAUGAAAUAGAAAUGCAUCAUUUUUAUUAUCAUAACAGUGAAACUGGAGCUGAACUAGAACGGUCAGUAGCUUUAUUCUUAGAUUUGUAAAAAAAAUUCACAUUCUUUAUUGCCUAGGAAAAGCAUAUACGAUGAUAAUUUCUUUAUUCACAGCUAAACAGUUCUUUGUCGUAAUCCUAACAAGAUCUCCUGAUUCCAGUCCAGAAGAAACUCUCAAGAGUGCAUUCUUUCUCUUCUGAUCAUCUGCUUCCUCUUUUCUGCCAGGCAGCAGAUCUUUGCAGAGUCUGUUCUGCGGCGAUUGGAGGAGGAAUGA